GCCUCGUGUGUUUUGAUAUUGCCGGAAAAACUGUGAAUUUUUGUGAUAAUCAUUUUCCCCGUGAAAAUGCCUGUUGACCGGGAAAAGUUGAGUUGCCUGAAGGAGAGGUACGACAAGGCGAUACAGCUGAUGGAGGAGGACAGCAAAAGUGAUCCAGAAUCCGAUCCUUUUCGCUCCCACUAUGCUGCUCGGGAUAUUUUGCUGGAAAUCCGUGGGUACCUUGAGAAGCUCCUGGCACGAGAUGACAACGACGACGAGACAGUGCUAAUUUAUAAAUCCCUUUUGGGAUUCAUCUACAAGAACCUGGGGCAGUUGUAUAUAUUUGUUGAAGAAAUCACAACAGGAAGGAAGUAUCUGCAGGACAGCAUUGUCCUUCUUGAGGACUACCAUGCAAAUCCCGAAGCAAUAAUUCCCCUUGUGGGAUCACUCAAUCAACUGGGGAUCCUGCAGGCGAAUCAAGGAGAGACGGCUGAUGCAAAGGAGACACUGCAGAGAGCAGAGAAAAUCUACGUGGACUUCAAUGAAUCCCCCAGUGGGGAGCCAUUGACCACAAUUAAUGAUUUAUUUGCCACAAAGGAGGAGAUUCAAGCUGGAGCUGGACGAUUGAUGCUGGAGAAGACUCACACCAUUACACUGUACUACCUGGCGCAGGUUAUGUGUACCCUUGGAGAAGCAGACACGUCUAGGAAUUACUGCCACAGCACGCUGAAACGACAGUUGCAUUUCAAGGAUUACGAUGCAAUUGAUUGGGCUCUUAAUGCAGCCACCCUAUCGCAGUGUUUUCUCACCCCAGAAGGUCUCACCCACGCUAGACACCAUCUGGCUGCUGCAACGUACAUCAUGGACAGAUUUGAGGGACAAAUGUUCAAGCCAGAGAUGUCAGAGGAUGAAAAGGCAGCUCAGUUGGAGACAUUCCAGCACCGCUAUGCCGACGUGGAUAGAUGUUGGGUCAAAUAUGCCCUCUUCAUCCUCUCCCACAGCAAAGACCGUCUAAUGGAGGAAGAAAAGGACGAUAGUGGUGUUGCGGAGAUCACAAAGAAAGUCCCCCCACUCAGCAUUAGCACCGCCGCCGAAGAUAUGAUCUUUCCUCUUGAUCUCUCAAUUUAUGAAACAAAAAUCACCGAUCAACCUGUUCUGAUGUUCGAGGAUGCCAAGGAAGUCUACCUGUUUGCCAUGAGACACAUUAAUCACGCCAAGGAGUACUACAAGGCGGACUCCCUGGCAUCGGAGUACGCAAAGAUUGUCAUGGAUAUGUCGUCAAUGCUGAAGUAUUUGGCAUUCUUCGAGGAGAAUGAGGAUGAUCGAUGCAAAUUGCACAAGAAACAGGCAGAUCAUCUUGAAGAUCUAGUCAAUCUACUCAAUCCCACCUACUAUCUUGUUAUAUGUCGAGAAGUUUGGUA